UAACGUUCUGUGCGAGAUCUUUAAUUUUAAUAUUCAAAAUUACAGUUGUUAAAAUGAUGCUAUUACUUAUAGUUAUGUUAAUGUAUAAAGAAAUUGUUGCCAUGGAGAGCUCUAGAGCUAUAGAGGGAUACCCCAAAGGAUAUAUGUCUGACUGUCCCGGAUCUACCAAACCAGCAAUAAUCACAAAAAAAUCUCUCAGGCAACUCGCAUUUGUGAAUGGCAACUUUAACGGUACGGAACGGAAGUACAACUACUACGAAAUGGGUGACCUAGCCAAGGACCCAUACUUCGACUUCAAUAAGACAACGCUGGUAUACGUUUCUGGAUUCCUGGACAGUCCACACUUUCUGUUCUCCCGGCUCGUAGCAGAUGCUUACAACAAUCUAGGAUAUAACAUCUUGAAUCUGGAUACUAACAAGUUCACCACUUUGGAAUACCAGCUAGCUUGCCGCAUGUCACGUCCAGUUGGCAAGCACGUGGCUGAGAUGCUCGCCAACCUCACCCGUGUGGGUUUGGACCCGAAGAAACUCCAGCUCCUCGGCUUAAGCCUGGGCGGUCAAACGAUAAGUUUCAUAGCGAAGGAGUACAAGAAACUGACCGGAUCUAAAGUUGCUAGAGUCACCGGCUUGGAUCCCGCCGGACCCUGCUUCAGGAACCUCGGCCCCGAAGACAGGAUCGACUCAUCGGAUGCUGACUUCGUCGACAUCAUCUCUACCAACAUAGAUGGAUUCGGAAUGGCCGCACCGGUAGCCCACGUCCAAUUUUAUGUCAACGGGGGCGAAUUCCAACCUGGGGGGCCGAUUCUCUGGUACAACUGUGGCAUCGUAUGCAGUCAUAUCUACUCCUUCGCGAUUUGGUUAUCCGCGAUCAGAAAUCCGAGUUCCUUUAUCGGUAUUCAGUGCGACUCCGUGCAGCAGGCAAGAGAUAAUUCCUGCUACGGAAGAUACCCUCUCGUUACCAAUGUCAUGGGCCUAAACACGGAUAGGAGGAGAAAGGGAAUAUUCUACUUAGCGACAGGACAGUUUCCUCCAUACUAUUUAGGGCCCAAAGGACUGAAAAGGAAGAAUGAUUUUGUGCUUAAGAAGCUGAGCGCUCCUAAUGACGUAGAUGUCUUUGUCAUUUAAAAUCUUUGGGUUUAAG